AUGGGGUUGCAGUUGUUGGCGCUAGCAAAGCUCAGCCUUACCGCCACCUCUCACGGCAGCCUGACUCCGGUGGUGACCACCUUGCUAUUGCCGUUUUUGCUUAAAGUUUCCCUCAGUCUCAGGCCCGUACAAGAAUUCUGCACUGACAUAGUACAAGACUUGAGGCUUUUCUUCUUUCAGAUGGGUGAGAUAACCUCUAAUUCUGAUGGGAAUGGUGCGAGGUGGGAGCGAGUUCUUCGGCUAGUUUGCGAGAGGAUAACUCGAAGAAGACAUGCACGAAUCUUGGACGACGAGGAAGAGAGUUUGCACUUUGUUUCGAUGCUAUCACUUUAA